UGAGGGUAUUACAACAGGCCCAUUCAUGCGAAAUCUGCUCUCCUUGCACCACACGCACACUCUCUCUCGCUUUCUACUUGCUGCCUUAUAAUUAUUAUCAACACACACAUACGUAAACAAACUACAAGCUUUAACCCUGUCCCAUCACUCUUUCAUUCUUCAAAUUAUCAAAGACUUCAACUCAUUUUCAAUCCUCUCACUUUUAUAACUUUUUUUAACAAGACCGAAGACGACAUCCCCUUCCAUAGACACACACAUACUUUCCAAGUGACCGUUCCCCACAACUAUUCUUGCCCUUUACCCUUUUCUUUUAAUUCCUAUUCUGUAAUGAGCCAGUCAACCAACGUAUACCCGGGUGUCCGUGCAGAGCCUCGAUUCUUACGGGACCCAACUUCACUCGAGUUCAUUUCGUCUGGUCUGUCUCGUUUCUCAUCGUAUGUGGCAUCGAACCUGCCAAAACGGAAGCCAAGCUUCCCUUAUAAUGAUCCAGCACUCUUUACAUAUCAACCUCCUCCCCCACCACCUUCGCCGUCAACGCCGAUUAGCAGUAGUCUCGAGGACAACAACAAGCAGAAUCAGCAGCAACAUGACGUGGAAGACGAAUUGGACAAGGUGACAUACGCUGUCUUCCAAAAAAUGGAUGGUGAUGCAAGGUCGUUAUGGCUGUUGCUAGGUUAUGCCGACGGAUUUCAGGUCUGGGAUAUUGCCAACCCCGAUAACAUUCAUGAAAUGUGUUCUAUACGAGAAGAUGAAGCGUUUGGUGUCGUAUCUCAUUUGCAUUUGCUUGCAAAUCCGCCCAAAGAUGCAGACGACGAUGCCUUUAGCCAUGAGAGACCUUUAUUGGCUGUAGUAACAUCUGCCCGAGAUACAUUCGAUGGAUGUGAUGCAUUUGGCGGUAUAGAUAUGGGACAUCAUGCAAGAAACGAGUCCUCUUGCUCAGGAAAAUCAAACAAUCCAGUGCCAUCAACGCUGCGGCUGUAUUCGUUAAAGACGCAUCGGAUUGUCAAAGAAUUCCCAACCUUUGUCGAUGAUGGAGACGAGGAGAUGCACAUCACAAGUAUCCAAAGUAAUGAUAUCAUCAUUGUUCUUGGAUGUACGACGAGUUCGAAUUCAAGUUUACAACUUAUUUCGUCUCGCACUUUGUCUACACUUUCAGCACCCAUUACAGACGUUGCGCAUGACGUACAAGGCCCUGUGUUCUCGCUGGGAUCACGAUUUAUAGCAUAUGGCACGAGCUCAGCAGUACUGAAUGCCGAUCCGGUCAUGGGGCAGCAUAACAAAGGUAUCAGUGGCGCAGGAUUAGGCAUGCUACAGGGCGACAAGGAUGUCAGAGGCGCGGCAAAGGAUAUAGCUAAAGAAGUUGUGAGCGGUGUCAAGACACUUGGAGAGUAUGGCUAUCACACGCUGUCAAAUUAUUUCAACAAUCCGGCCAUGCAGCAGCAACAGGAUAAACUGAUGAUGCAAAACGCCAAUUCACGUACUGCUGCCAUGUCGCCAGGUGGGCCAUUACGACAUGAUGAGCGUGCUGCCAGCCCAGUUCCUUCAGUGUCACCCUCCACCGGCAGUGUCGGAGCGACAGCAACGGCUCCUACAGGUGGAUCCAAAAAGCCACAGCUCUACGGAAUGAUCAUGAUUCGUGAUAUUGCCCAAUUACCUGACCAGCCAACGAGAAACAUGUCCCCGUCUUUAGUCGCUCACUUUCGACCACAUACGCAUCCCUUGUCAUGUCUAGCAUUUAAUAGUGCAGGCACAUUGCUAUUGUCUGCGUCUAGACAGGGACAUUCAUUCCAUCUAUUUGCGAUUAUGCCGAGUAGCGCAACACCUGGCAACGUAUCGCAUCUUUAUACACUGGCACGAGGAUAUACCGACGCACAAGUUGAAGAUUGCCAUUUCUCAGCUGACUCCAUGUGGUGCUCGGUCAGCACGGCGCGUGGAACAACGCAUGUGUACGCGAUCAAUCCAUACGGCGGAAAGCCAGAGAUAACAGGGCAUGUCAAUGGACGAGUGAACAAUCCUAUUAUCCGACCUUGGUUGCAUGGAACUCGCGUAUCGGAAAAGGGCACUUCGGUUAGUUCAGUAGCUCGUAUCAAGCAACGUCGAUCCAUGCAUACGGAGCCACCCAUUGACGAACAGCAUCCUCCUCUAACCUCUCAUCAGAAUAUACCCACUUCACCUUACUACCCAUUAAAUUCCACCGCCUCGCAUCGCUCUAGUACUAUAUCUCGAUACCCACGUGCCAAGCUUGCAUCCAUGUUUUUAUUACCGUCUAGAUCGCCGUAUCUUGUAAAUGCAUCGCGCGCCAAUCAUCAUCAGCGUAUCGACAACUCAUCCUCUUCUACUCCGUUCAAAGCAUUCAAACAACAAGCAUCAUCAAGUCUUGGAUCAGUGCUUUCGUCGUUUGGAUCCAGCAUUAGCAGUACUGACUCCUCCUCAUCUCUGUCGUCGAGACAGCAGCACCAAAACAACAACAACACGGCAUGGACAUCUGCACAUGACAAGCUCUCUGAUAAUCGACUAUUCGGAUUUGACGAGGAAGAAUUGUCUGCUGCUGACGAUGACAGCCGGUUGCUCCAAGAUGAUAAUAAUAUAGGUUAUCAAGACAUGUACUCUAUCCAUCCACGCGGAAUAUUGACACUACAUCGAUGCUGGAUCAGUAGAUCGGUGGUUCGUAAGCGAGAACAAUCACGUACAAUUGAGAAGCAUGAUUUGGUUAUAAAGCAAGAGGAUGUUGCAGAGUGGUCCAUGGCCCGUACAGCUGAAUGGGAACAGGUCAAAGUGCCAUUGUCACUCGAUACCAGCUCCAAAGAGCAGCAAAACGACGAUCAACAGCAGCAACAGGAUAUUAAAAGUAAUCGUGUACGCAAACAUACGCGUCCAUGGCUUUCUCAUGCUGAAAUUAUGACUUAUGGCAGCGGCGACGAGUCUCCACUUUGGUCGUCGCCUCAAUUCAGCUUGCAGACAUAUACUGAGUAUGUCCCAACACUUCGCCACAAGCUUUGGACAACAGGCGACAUGCCUACAUCAGAAGCAGUUGUUGUGCGACGAGAUGUACCUGAGCCAUAUUCAAGACGCAUUGAUCGCGUGGGAAAGACAACAGCGCGGAUUGCCAGUCAAAAUGAAGAGAAUCUAGACGUUGCACUGGCUGAGCUGGAAGACAAUUUGUCCAAAGCAAUGCAAACAACAUUCCCAGCACCAUCGCCGACCACGUUAAUUUCAGGAUCUUAUGGCAGUGGCAGCUCCUAUAAACGCAACAGCAACCAUUACCUGCAACAGCCACUGAUUCCAGGCAAUGCUGCAGCACGCUCCACGCCAUCAGCUAUUUCGUUUGAAGACGCACAUUUGAUCAAUAUGGGAAGCGGACCAAGUCCUGAAGAUCUGCUUAACCUCGAUCCACGAUUCAGCAAUAGCAGUAAUCCGAUUCUUCGUGCAAACGGCGGAAACAGCAGCAGCAGCAUCAUGCUUCCUUCGAGCAGCAACGGAUCUCUGAUACAGUUUGAUGACGAUUAUAACGAUGGAGGAGGCGUGGUUACCACUGGUAGUAGCAGCAGCCAUGUAGGCAGUCGUAGUAGUAAAGAAGACGUGAUUCGACUUGGUGAAGAAGAAGAUGAAGAAUUACAACAUCAACAAGGACAACAUCCAACAGUGAUAGAUCAAGUGUUUUCGCCAGAUGGAGAUAAUGAGAUGGCAUAUCCUAGUGAAUCCAUCCUAGUCGAACGAGACCACCAUCAUUUUUAAAUAUUCUUCCUUUUACUUGUUUUUCUUUUCAAUGAUUUUUUUUUGUAUUUAAAUUUUUCCCGUGAUCCACAUAUUAGAUAAAGGAUGUUUGAGAGAGAGUAAGGGGAAGAUACUCCUUACUUCUUUGUACAAAGUACUUACGACAUAUCAUGUUUGCUAAUUAAUAAUGAAAAUCGAU